AUGUUGUCCGCUCUUUUCUCAACAGCUUUCCUACUGAUUGGUUUCAUCGCGGCCUCGCCUUUUGAAGCCUCGCACAAAAGAUCAAUCCAAAGUAUUGAUGCUGUCAUUGAUGCAAGUUUCGCCGAUCCGGCCAUCUUCGAGGACACAGAUGGCACAUUUUACACUUUCGCCACCAGCCAUUAUGGCAUCCAUGUACAGGUAGCGAUGGCCAUGGCGGUCAACGGCCCAUGGGAGGUUCUUCCGCUUGACCUCCUGCCCACACCUGGAUAUUGGUCAACGGGUGCACGAGUAUGGGCGCCUGAUGUCCGGAAGAUCGGAGAAAAUUACAUCCUCUACUACAGUGCCCAGAACGCAGAGCAGACAGCGCAGCAUUGCGUCGGCGCGGCCACCUCGAAAAACGUUCUCGGCCCAUACGAAGCCCUCGACACGCCCUUAGCUUGUCCCUUAAGUGAAGGAGGUGCCAUCGACAUCUCUGGUUUCACAGACACCGAUGAAACUCAUUUUGUCGUCUAUAAGGUCGACGGCAAUAGCAUUGGUCACGGUGGUGCUUGUGGGAAUAUGGUUGAGCCUCUAGUUCCCACUCCGAUCCGACUUCAGCGCCUCGAAGAUGACGGCUAUACGCCAGCCGGAGGAUACAUGGACAUUCUGGACCACAUUGAAGGCGAUGGACCAUAUAUCGAGGCACCUCGGAUAAUCCUGGUUGAUGGCGUCUACUUCUUAUUCUUCAGCAGCAACUGCUACUUGACACCAGAAUAUGAUGUAAAGUACGCGACGGCGUCAGCUAUCCGAGGUCCUUAUACGAGGAGCUCUAAUCAGCUGCUGCAGACUGGUAUGCCGUUUAAUCUCACCGCCCCAGGUGGUGCGCAAAUCACAAGAGAUGGGAACUUCAUGGUGUUCCACGCGAAUUGUGACAAUGGAAGGUGUAUGUAUGAGAGGCAAAUUCGGGUUUCUGGAACGACUGUCACAAUAGCUUGA